AUGGUUUGCGACAAUUGUAAAAAGAAAGUUGGCACAGUUGCAACACAAGAGACUUGGAAAAGUGGUUCUCGUAAUACAGUGGAAAGUGGUGGUCGAAAACUAAAUGAGAAUAAAUUAUUAAGCGGAAAAUCAACACGGUAUAGUCCGUAUACGACUAAAUUUAGCAAAUGUAAAGUGUGCAAAGGUACUAUUCAUCAACCGGGAAGUUCUUAUUGUCAAGAACAUUUUUUUGUGACAUUGUCUUUUUGUUUCGCUGUCAAUAAACAAACAAGAUCUCACCGAACAAUGUCAGCCGUCAUACGGGGUCUAUUGAGUUUAGCUUCGCUGACAACUGCUCAUCGUUGUAGUUCUUAUGCAUAUUUCUCAGCAUCUGCCCCUUAUUGCUCAGCGAAAACAUCUGAUGAAGUAGCAAAAGCGCAAACAGCUAAACCAACAGAAGAUACGAUUUUUGGUAAAAUCGCCAGAAAAGAAAUCCCUGUCGAUUUACUUCAUGAAGAUGACCAGUGUGUAGCGUUUCAUGAUAUCAGCAAACAAGCACCAACACACUUCUUAGUCAUACCUAAAGAACCUAUUCCACAAUUGUCAGCCUGCAAACCAUCGCAUGAAAAACUACUCGGCCAUCUCAUGAUCGUUGCGACACAAGUGGCAAAAAAACAAGGUCUUGCUGACGAUGGCUAUCGUCUAGUGAUAAACAAUGGUCGAAAUGCUUGUCAAAGUGUUUAUCAUCUACAUAUUCAUGUUCUUGGUGGACGACAACUCGAAUGGCCACCUGACUAA